GGGGCAACUGCUGAUUAUCUUAAUGUCAAAGUUUGUAUUGGAAAUUGUAUGUUUGGAAAAAAUUAUAACAGAACUAUAAGCAAACAGGAAGUUCAAGGUUCCCUUCGCAUACAUAUCAUUCUGCCUGAUUUAGCAGAAACUAAAGAUAAGUCCGAUCGAGGUGGUUUCUGGUAG